GUAUAAGAGUACAAGGAAUUGGGCAUCAAGAGGCAAGAAAAUUAUACAUGGGAUUUCUGCAACAAAGUUAGAUGGAUGCAAAAGAGAAAAAACAGGCUCUAAAGUCUGCAAGAGAUGCCAUACGUAGCAAAGAAUUCAAAGAUGCUCUGAAACAUUGCAAGUCUGUGUUGAAACAUGAAGGAGACAACUACAAUGCACUUGUGUUUGUGGGAGUGGCAGCUGAAGGACUGGAACAGCCAGAGCAGGCCCUUGCGGCAUAUAAACGUGCAGCUGAAAGUGACCCAAAACAGCUUCUUGCAUGGCAAGGUUUAGCUGGGUACUAUGAGAAAAGCAUAAAUCCUGACCACAAAGCAUCACUCUCUGAGGUUUACGAAACUAUCAUUGAUCUACAACCAGACCAGACAAAAUCAAAGGAUGUCAAAUUGAAACUUGCUGACCUCUACAGUCAACUUGGCAACGCAGAAAAGGCCAUUGUGUUGUUUCAGAGCUUAUUGGGGGAACAAUCUCAAAUUGAUAUUUUGAAGAAAAUAGUGCAACUUAUUGAAAAUCUGAAAGAACCAACAGAUGACCAAUUCAAAUUAUUAGGAGACACAUAUUCCCAUUUACUGGAUGCUGUGAGUGACAAAGAAGAACUAUUGCUCUAUAGACAUGGGUAUUUGAAGCACCUGGCUAGGGUUGAAGAUGUUGAGAAACUGGAAGGAUUCUCAACCCAUAUGCAUUCUAUCAUACCUGAUGAUCCUGUGCCCUUGAGAUAUCUCUGUCUGGUAUAUCUGGAUAAACUUGUUGUAAUAAAUGACCAAUCAGAGGGUAUGUCCAGACUUCAAGAGUACGGGGAGUCUCUGCUUGGUCUGACUCCAGAAGAUGGGGUCGGACAUUUAGUGCAGGGAGCUGUGGGGAUUAAGUCAUCAUCCAGUGAGCAGAGGGUUAAAGGCAAGGAUCACAUUGCAGAAGGUCUUAAGGUAGAGACAAGGUCUAUAAGUGGCUAUAUUUUGCAGGCCAAAGCUUCUCUCCAGCUACAUGAUCACCCAAAUGUUCAACAAAGCAUUAGUAAAGGUAAAUCAUUACUGAAAACCAAACCAUUUAAAUAUGCAUCAAAGACAGCUCAGUUCUCCUCAACUCUAAGACUUCUCCAAGCAAAGCUCUACUUAGACUCCAAGCAGAAUCUAGAGAAAGGGAGUACAAUAUGUGAACAACUGCUUGGAGAUGGAGUGAAGAAUGUGGAUAUACUGUACACACAGGGGUUGUUGUUAGUGGAGCAGAACAAAAUAGAUGAAGCUCAAAAGGUGUUGAAUGAUCUUGAGGAAGAAUACAGUAGUGAUUUGGCUGCUAUAUCUGCACUGCGUGGAUGGUUACAUUACCAAAAGCAGAACUAUGAUUUAGCUUUGGAGAGUUUGGCCAAGGCACUGGAGUCUCCUAUAUAUGGAGUUGAUUCACAGUACAAACUUGCUCUGGUAAAGUGGGAGUCCCAAGACAAAACAGAGGCAUUUCAAAUGUUCCUGAAGGCAGCUAAGUGUGACCCAUACAACAGUGACAUAUUUCUACAUCUGGGGCACUACUAUAAACACACUGUUGAGGAUUUGCAGAAGGCGAGGAAAUGCUACCAGAAGGCAGUAGACCUUAAUCCAUUGAGUGAAUCUGCUGGGUGUGCCUUAGUUGAUACAUUAAAUGAGCUGAAUGAAGAGGAAUUGUCAUAUAAUCUUUUAAAACAGGUUGUUGGCCAGUCUGCAGCUGGGGAAGCUAAAUGGGCCUGGUUGAGACUAGGACUCCUUGAAUUGAAAAGGGGAAACCCCACAGAAGCUAUUUAUGCUUUACAAUGUGCACUACGUGCUGAUCCAACUGACAACCAUGUAUGGGAGUGCCUUGCUGAAACAUACAUGAGUCGAGGAAGUUUCACUGCUGCAAUGAAGGCGUUCUCCAGAGCCUUGGAACUUGAGCCUUCCUCCAUGUACGCUCGCUACCAGAUUGCCACCAUCAAACAAUCUCUGGGUCAACUAGCUGAGGCAGUUGCAGAAUAUAAGAGUGUGCUGGAGAUUGAGCCUACAUAUGUCCCUGCAUUGAAAGGUGUUGGGGAGACAUACCUUCUGCUAGUGAAAUCUUCUCUGCAAAAUUGUUUCUAUGGCAGAGCUGUAGAUGAGUGUCAACAGGCCAUAUCAAUGCUCACUAGUGCAGCUAGUGUACGGCCAGAUCUAGGCUGUGUUUGGAAGCUAUUGGGUGAUGCCUGCACAAUAUUGCACUCUCUCCCAGCAACAAAACUUCAAGUUAAGAUCCCUGGGAAACUUCUAGGAAAAGAUGAAGAGGGAACAUGCGAUAAGUUGGAACUGCUGGCUUUAGGAGCUAGAUGUUUCGGAAAAGCACUGAAAUGUCUCCCAGAAUGCACAUCAAUUUGGUAUGACCUCGGUAACAACUAUUUUCGACAAUCCCAACAUGCACCAGCAACGGCACAAGCAGAUCUCAUAAAGAAAUCUAUUGCGAUCCUAAAACAAGCUCUGGUUAAGGACCCAACUAAUGCCAACCUGUGGAAUGCCCUUGGCUGUGUAGCAUGCUCACCAGGGUGCCAGGAUAACGCUCUUGCUCAACAUUGCUUUAUUAAAUCCAUCAACCAGGAAAGCAGUGUUGUUGCUUGGACCAAUCUUGGAGUUCUUUACUUGCAAACCAGCCAUAUUGAAUUGGCACAUGAGGCCUUUAAGAUUGCUCAGUCCUUGGAGCCCAGCUAUGUGAACUGUUGGAUUGGGCAGGCUCUGAUUGCUGAGACUGUCGGUGAUGAUGAUGCAAUGGAUCUCUUUAGGCACUCAACAGAACUAGCCAACCAUAAUGAGGCAGGUCUCGGGUAUGCAAGCUGGGUGUGUGCCACUCUACAAGACAGCACAAAGAUGCAGAAUGAAGCUUACUCCUAUAAUAUACAACAUAUGGCAGCCAUCCCUGCUAGUGCAGAUGCACUCUCACAUUUCACAGAUGGUAUUGAAAAUGACGAUACAGCAUUCAACCUGUAUGGUUUGAUCUUAGAGCAGCAGAAACUCUUACGUCCAGCAAUAGUGGCCUAUAAAAAGGCUAUAGAGAUAUUAAAAGAAACAAAUGAUGAAAGGCUGACUAGUGUUAAACUGAAUUGUGCAAGAGCUCUCGUUGGUGUGAAACAGUACAAGGAGUCUAUCGCCAUCUAUCAGGCAGUGGGGGCACUAGGGAAAUUUGAAGAUUUAUGCUGGAUGGGUCUUGCCUACUAUCAUAAUAAUGACCUCACACAGAGCUAUCAAGCAUAUGAGCAGGCCCUUACUCUGGCUCCAUGUGAUGAAGAUAAGUCCCAUGUUUAUGCGGCUCUUGGUAUGGUAGCAUUCAAGUUUAAUGAUCUAGCAGAUGCCAAAUCAGCCCUGUUUCAAAGCUCACAAUUCAGUACACCCUCUACUGGUGGUCUAGAAGCCCUGUGCAGUCUUGGUCUCCUACAGAAAGACCCAACCCUAGCAACUGCUGUACUCAAUGAGUUCUCAAAAUGUGACGCCAAAUCUGAUGUCAUUUGUUAUCUUCAAAGUUCAAUUCUACUACAACAGAAUGACUUCAAUGGAGCAAAACGUACAUUUGCAAAGAGUCUUCACACAGACCCUGGCAAUGGUAGGCUGUGGUUACUCACUUCAGAACAUAUAGCGCAAUACUGGCCUCGCCUUAGUGCAGCAGGGGCACAUUGCGCUCGUAUUGCACAUACAAAAAACGCUGAUGCUAGCCCUGGGAUUGUCCGUGCUGCAGUUGUUAGUGACCUGGGCACAGGAGGUGCUUCAAAAGACAGACUGGCUGCAGCACAGAAGGCAGUUCAUAUGUAUCCAGAUAGCGAGGAACAUCUCUGCUGUUUACUUGCUUCUCUCCAUUCUGAAAAUGUACGACGUCAGGUGACCAACAAGGACACGUCACUCAAUGACCUUGAACUUGUAUACAACUCUCUGCUAAUGAGCAAAGUUGAGGCUGCCAUAUGGACAAGUGAGAGUAACACAGACCUCCAGGGCCUGCACCAAUGGUCAGUAAGACAUCAUGUGGCUUCAUUACUCACGCAGGGAAAGUUCACAGAGGCAAAUGAGUUCUUAAGUCAGGCAAAGGAGAUCUACAGCAAUGAUGAUGACCUAGAUGCACUACUGGCCUAUGCGAGUGGGGACUCCCUACUGGCCAACCAGAACAGCACAGGACCUUCCCUCAGUCUCAAGUUGCAGUCUGAAGUGAAUGUAUACCAGGGUCUGGUAGAUGAGGCACAUGUUGUGUAUAAACAGAUCCUUGCUUCAUGUCUCGACACCAGCACUGCUAAUGUAAGAGAGGCUACUUUACUGAGACUUGCUCAUUUGGCCUUUAAAGAAGUUCUGGGUAUUGGUAGUGGUGGGGAUGCCUGGAAAUGGAAGGAUGUUGCCUAUGAAGCUCUUCAAGAGUUAAGACGUGUUAACCCAUGGUCCCCUGCUGCAAUGCUGAUGAAGGGCAUCCUUAGCAUGGUCCAUGAGAAAAAUGCAAGAAAAGCCAAGCGAGUCUUCCAAGAGAUGUUGCAGAACUCCCCCGUGGGAUCUGAAGCUACCCUAGCUCCCUCUAUUGCUAGGAGUAAUCUACUAAAGCUAUUGAUGCGGAAAGAGACUACAGAAGAAGCGAAGGAGCUAUUAAAGGAGUACCCUGAUGAUAAAAAUCUUCAGAAGCUGUUUGAGGACAUCAAAAUUUCAAUAGCUCCUAAAGAGGCUAAAGUGGAAUGGUGAUUUUGUGAACAAAUUGUCUGAAAAGUGCAUCUAGGGAUAUGAAUAUUCAUGGACCAUACAUCAGACUUAAAUAUACUAGAAUCUUUUUGUUAAAAUAUUUGGCAAAACUGUCUCUGAAUGACCAUUGAAGAUUCAUUAUACAUGUAGGAGUCUCGGAGCUUUGUUGCACUGCAGGUAUUACAUUACGCUUGUAAUAAAUCAAAUCCUGCAAAAAAUGGCAUUUAUUUGGUGAUUCCUCAUCCUGAGAAAAAUCAUCCGAGGUAAAGGAAGGUGCAGGGAUCAAUGCUGCAAAUUAAUAGUAUGGAGCCCCAUUGAAUGAAUAUGAGCAUUUUUUCAGAAGAAUGGUAUUUGUCCACAAAUGUACUUCUUGCGCCAUGUGCAGAGGUUAGUUCUAGAGUAAAUGGAAAGGGUAGUAGAGUUGGAAAUUGAAUAAAAAAAUUACAAAUCCA